AUGACCAAGAAGAGAAGCUGGCAGAACAACAAAACUGUGAUACUCACCGAAGAAUGCAGUGCCAUCAUCCAGCAUAAAUUAUCUCAGAAAUUGAAGGAUCAUGGGAGUUUCCAAAUCCCUUGUAUCAUAGGGGAAAUUACGGUGGAGAAGGCUUUAUGUGAUCUAGGGGCAAGCAUAAAUCUGAUGUCCUUAGCAAUGAUGCGAAAGAUGAGGAUUGAGGAGGCCAAACCAACAAGAAUGGCCCUGCAACUAGCAGACAGGUCAUUCAAAUUUUCUCACGAAAUAGUGGAAGACUUGUUGGUAAAGGUAUGA